AUGGUCAAUGGAUCCCCCAUUUUGAUCAUUAGCUGCGGUCCCGAUCCCAGUCGCUACCUCAUCAACGACAAAUGGGCCUCGCUGACUCAGGAAAUCGCCGCCCGGAUCGAGGUCGUCUGGGCGCGGUCCGUUGACGAGAUCAAGGGCAAGCUGGGCUACUACGUACCCGCGGGUAUUCUCGUCCUGGAUGCUGGCUUUACUACAAGCGCGGGUGAUCUAGAGACGGUGGCUGACCUGCUCAACAUGUACGCGCAGAUGGGCGGCACCGUCGUCUUUGCGGGCGUGUUCCCGGCCGUGGUCGAGCCCAGGGCGCUGCAGCACAUAUUCGGCGCCUUCGGCCUCGACUGGAGCUUCGUCGGCUACGAGGUGCACACGGGCGCCCGCCUCAAUCCGCACGCGAGCGCCAUCGCCGACGGCCACCUGGCCGAGCAGCUCGUCUCGCUGCCGAGCGUCUGCGAGCUCAGCCAGCUGACGGUAAAGGUGGGCAGCGCUGCCGACGCGCUCUAUGAAAUCUACCCGCAGCAGUAUGAGCGCGCCAACAUUGAGUCGGGGAUUGUCAUGGCCAAGGUGGGCGACGGCUAUGUUGCGCUGGUGGGCGAUCGGGAAAAUGAGCGGAGCACAAGGACGACCAUCGUCGCCAUGCUGAAGCUGGUGUGA